GAUCUACGUAAAAAAAAAAAAAAAAAAAAAAAAAAAAAGAAAAAAGAAAAAACCAUCUCGAAUGAUAUAUAAUUAAAAUAUAAAUAAUAUUUUGAUCUCUUCUAUACAGUAUGGAUGGAUUAAAUUGGUUGUUGUUACCGAAGUCACCAAAGUAUGCAAAAUUUUUAACACCCCUGGCCAUUAACAAAUUCGAAGGAGAACCAUCGAUCGUUACGAACGUUUACGAUUCCAAUCCACCAUUUCCAUCAAACGAAGAUCCUAAACAAUAUUACAACGGACCUAUACCAAAGGAAUUAAAGGAAGAAGAUCGUUUGGCAACCAUUGUCGAAACGAUUACGGAAGAUGCAGUAAUUAUUCCUCGUGGUGGAUGGUUCAAAUGUUCAAGCGGAGACAUCGUAGAAAACAUAGCAUUCGAGGGAUUAGAUUUAACAGACGCGUCCAAUCUUAAAUCCUAUCUACAUGCACGUCCACCGCAACAAAAAUGGAAUACCAAUUUAUUAACAAGACCUGAUUACAAUUAUGCCACUGAUUUUCUUGAUACCAUUGAUCUGGAUGUUCCCCAUGGAUGCUGGAAUCUGCAACUUAUUUUGGAAGCACGUUUAAUUAUCCUACAUAGUUUAUAUUGGCCUGGAAUGACAUUUUAUCACAAAUUAAAUACCCCUCAUUACGGUUUUUUAUACGUCGGAAAUGAUAGAUUGGAUCGUUUGAAAAGUACGCGAGAAGAUGGCGACACCGUAACAGCAGAAGGAAGGACGAGUUUCGAGUCGCAAUAUACAACGGACACAGGCGCAGUGACCGGCUUAGAGAGACGGAGUGAAGUGACGUUGCCAGUAACACUGCGAGAAGUCCCGUUUUUUUUCCUUAGAAAUUUCCUCUGGAUAAUUUGGUCGUCCUUACCGAUCAAAGCUCGGUAAGCGCUUGUGCGCAUUUUAGUAAGAGAAAUAAAGAAAAAGAGAGAGAGAGAGAGAGAAAGAGAGAGAGAGAGAGAGAGAGAGAGAGAGAGAGAGA